GUGGGAUUGGGCAGUUGUGGCGCCGCUACGCAAUCGUCCCGACGCGAAUGUCUAUCACUAUCAUAUAAACUUCCACGUGACUCACUUGAGCUGCAGUACCUUCAUACUUCUAAAACUUUACAGUCGCGAUGAUAUACGGUGAUAAUUAUUUUUAAACGAGCUUUAUCGAAAAUAAUUACCUUAACACGUGCAGUGCAAUUUAUUGUGAUUGUGAAAAUUAUUGGUGGAUUAUAAUCCAAUUAAAUGUAAUUGCUGUAAGCGAUUUAUCAAUGUGGAACAAUUUAUUUGAGAUUUCCCUUACUUAUGCAGACAUGUAAUUAAAUUUUACGCCAUUUGAAUGUACGAAACAAUGAGUUCUUAUCAAUUUGUAAACUCUUUAGCGCAGUGCUACGGUCAGCAACCACGCGCUGCGGCUGCUUCCGAUCAAGCAGCCCACCAAGUAUCUAGUCCUGGGUCCGAUUAUUAUAACCCAAACGCGGCAUCUGCAUCUAGUUAUCCACCGGCAUGCUACUCGCCACCACAGGUAGGUCCUCAGUAUCACCAGCAUCCCUACGCGACCCCUGCCCCAGGACACGGCUUACAACCCGCAAUGGGAGAUUACACGCAACUGCAACCACAAAGAUUAACGGGAACCUCUACACAUAUGCAUCAUUCAAGUCCGGGCGCUCAAAGUCCAGGCAUAUUGAAUGCGGCUGCAAGUUGUAAAUACGCCGAUUCGACAUCAUCCACAGGGGUAGCUUCCCCGCAAGAUUUGAGCACAACCGGUGCGCCCGCAAGAAGUACUCCUCCUAUGUCUAGUAGUCAAACCAGUAGUAACGCAACGUUAACUGCCAAAAAUUCAGCAUUAACUUCACCCUUAUCAGUCAGCACGUCACCUCAAGGAAAACAGCCAACUUCUUCGACAACUGCGUCACAAAAUUUAUCGUCGCCGGCAUCCAGCACGAGCUCCACUUCAAGUACAGAAAAAACGGGAGGAAGUAAUAAUAAUUCCAAGAAUUCUACGUCUCAAAAUCCCCCACAAAUUUAUCCCUGGAUGAAACGAGUUCAUUUAGGACAAAGUAAGUGA